AUGUCUAUAAUAUCUUCUUCACGACGCCCCACUGUUGUAAAACAACUAAAAAAUGCUACUGCUAUCAGUGAAACUGACAGAAGAUCGAAACGUUCCACAUCUGCACGGAGUAACUAUUCAUUGAACACAAAUGCACCCAGAAGUAAUCAUUCUAACACAGAUGCAACCAGGAGGAAAUCAGUUGCUGCUGGUAGCACUUGUAGUGCCAGUCAGUUAUCCACAGAAAGAAGUGACAUGAGCAUUCUGUCUGCCAGGAAUAAAGAAAAUUCUAGAAAGUCAAGACUGAAUCAUGAUGACUUUCUGUCCAUAUUUGAAAGUAAUGUGCAACCAAAAAUCAAGCGACCUGAAAGCAAAUCAAAGAAGAAUCCUUCAAUUAUUGAUUCUUUAGUUCGAUCCCGACAAAGUCCCAGAUCCGUCCAUGCAACUAAUAGUUCUGAUGCAUUCAAGAUAUCUGAAAUGCCAUCUGUAAGCAAGAACUCUCCAGAACAUAAUAGACUGAAAAGAAUCAGUCUUAGUUCUGAUGAGUCAAUCCCUGAACUGAAAAUGGAAAAUUUCUUGUCACAAUCUCUUUGCAAACCACAUAGUUCAUAUGCAUCAAAAAACAGAUUACCGGACAAUCAACCUAGAAGCAGUCCUUACCUCUCAGAAGAUGGAGAAUUGCUCAACAGUCAGUGCCCUUCAUUGGGCAAAUUCACACAGAAGUCCCACAGCCUGAAUAGUAUUGCUAACAACAUGACUUCACAGGCUAUGUCCCCACAGGCUAAAGCAUCUCUUUCCAGCAUUGAAAACUCAUAUAGAAACAUCAAACCCAAAACUCCUGUCAAUCAGGUCAGAAAAGAGUCCAACCAAAUGGAAUUACAGAGCUUGGUGCUUGCAGACUCCAGUCCCAUUACUGCUGCUGCUGCUCCUCAAGCCAAAACUAAUUCCAAGGAAAACUCUAGCCAACAAAUCCAAAUUAAUGCAGCCAAUAAAAUUCAACGCUGGUAUCGCCGACAUUAUGUACGAAAGAAAGCCGGUGAAGCUGCCAUGAAACGUUUACUUAAUCAGAAACGUCAGGAAAAAAUUGAAUUGCAACAACGUGAACUUGAACAAGAGCAGCAGGAAAAACAAGAAAUGGAACAAAAACAAAUGGAAAAGAAACUCUUGAAAGAGAUCAAAGCUAAAGAAGUCCGACUGGAAGCAGUUAAGGAUAUGCAAAGAAAACGUACAGAGAAAGGAAAUGUCAAAAAAACAGAAAUGGAAGUGGCCAAAUAUUCAGCCAUUUCUCCUGUCUCUACCAAAACAAGUAGCAAAAUCACAACGUCUGUGAAGCCCUCCAACUUGUAUAGUUGCAACACAGGUGCCCGAAAUAAGCAACCUGCUGCUAAUACUCCUAUGACCAAUGGUACUUGUACGCCAAGGAUUGUGCGCCAUGGCAAUGCAGAAUCUCAAAAGUCAAGUCCAUCAGACAAACAAAGGACUGCUAAAUUAUCAUCUGGUUGUGAAAAUGUUAGCCCUAAAGAAAGACCUUCAGCUGCUGGUAUGUUAGAGUCAGGCAAUACUUUUAAUCACCUUACAGAAUUGCAAAUGACUGAGGCUUGUGAUAACCAACUUGAAGAGCUUUUCAAGGAAACUUCCAAAUUAGUUAGUGCAGCCAAUUCAGCUAUUGUUCAAGUUACAAAGUCUUCUGGUCAUCUUCCAUUCUGUGCUGAGCCACCAUCAAAUGACCAUAGUCCAGAUCAUAGCAUUGUUACUGGUUCAGUGAUUGCCAGUAAAAAUGGUUUGCCUUCAAAAGCCGCCACCAAAAGUACUCUAAGUGAUUUGCUGGAAACACUCAAGAAAUUGGAAGAAGAUGAGAAAUUGGGAACAGGAAAAAUGAAUGUAAAUAAAAAUUCUCGUGAAAUACCAAACACAUCAGUCAAUGGCAUUGGUGCUGCUCCAGCUCCCCCAACCCCUGGCAUCCCUACAGUGGCUGCAGCUGCUGCUGCCCAAGACACAAAUGGUAACCCUCAAAGUCCCUAUUUGACUGCAGAAAGACUUGAGCAGUUAAACCAAGAUCAAAAUGCAGAAAUCAACCAUGUCUCUUCAGAAAUGGAAACAACCAUUGAUGCUUCUCGAUUUCCUCCACCACCUCCAUUACCACCCCUCCAUGUUGAGGACCAAGUCAAAUUGGAAAAUGCCUCUGCGACUGCCAGUGAAAUAACAAGUCAUGUAUUGUCUCAAAAGUUAGAGCUAGAUGAAAAGAAGCAUUCAGUAGCUGUCUUACAGAAAGCUUUGAGCCAACAGCGAGAAUUGACCGUGCGUCAUGCAAAAGAAGCAGACAAAGAGAUGAAACAUCGCCUUACUCUGCAGAAGAAUGAAUAUGAAGAAACCAUCAAAAGACAUCUAUCAUUUAUCGAUCAAUUGAUUGAUGACAAAAAAGUUCUAAAUGAAAAAUGUGAGCAGUUGGUUAAAGAAGUUAAAAUUUUAGAUAAGAAAUAUCAAGACCGGCUUAAGAUGCAGGAAGAAAGUCAUAAUAUUGAGAUAAAGAAACUAAAAGAAAUGAAUUCUGCUGCUGAAAAAUUACGCAGAGAAAAAUGGAUUGAGGAUAAGACAAAGAAAAUUAAGGAAAUGACUGUAAAAGGAUUGGAACCAGAGAUCCAACGUUUGAUUGCCAAGCAUAAAAGUGAGCUUCGUAAAUUCAAACAAAUUCAUGAAGCUGAAUUGUUGGAAGCUGAUGAGAGAGCUGCCCAAAGAUAUGUUAAAAUGACGGAAGAGCUUCGAAGUCAGUUAGCAAAAGAAAAAGAAGCAGCAUGUAUGCAUGAACGAGAGUUAGCUAAACAAAGAUAUGAAAAGCAAAUUCAACAGGAAGAAGAGGCAUUCCAAAAUGAACGUAGACGUCUUUAUGCAGAAAUAGAAGCCGAGAAGAAGCGAUUAGCUUCUCAAUCAUUAAGAGAGCACAAUGAAGUGGAUCGUCUUCAACAACAGUUACAGAAUGCUCACCAGCAAUUACUCCAGACCACAAAGGAGGAGUUUGAUAAAAGUCUUGCAGAUCAUGAAAAAAGACACAAAAUUGAAAUUCAAGAAAUACGCGAGAAAUUGGCACUGGAGAAAGCAGCUUGGGAAGAGAAUUUCAUGAAGAAACAGGAAACUACUUUAUUGGCCAAGGAACGAGAGCUGAAAGAAAAAGUUCGUCGAGAUAGGGACAAAGAAAUCGAGUUGGUGAUUAAUAGAUUUGAAGAAGAUGCAACAAAUGCCCGUGAAGAGUGUGAAAGGACAGCCCAAAAUCGAAUCAAGCGGAUUCGUGAGAAAUAUGAAUCUGAAGUAAGAGAACUCGAGCGCUCAGAAAGACAAGCUGUUGAAAGAUACAAUGAAAUAAAAGCUCAACUCACAGAAGCUGAAGGAGUCAAUGAACAACUAAAAGUAAAGCAAAAACAGAAAACUUAUGAAAUAGAUGAUUUAAAAAAGAUGCUAGAAAAAUUUCAUCAGGAACGUGACCAUAUAUCCGACGUCAUACGGCAGGAAUUUGUAGAGAAAAUUGUUUCAACAGACGAGGAGAACAAACGACUAAAAAAUGAAAUCUCUGAAGGGAAGGCACGGCAUCGGAUUGACUUGGAACGAACGAAGGCAGAAAUUGAAAUGGUAAAGAAACAAAAAGAAGAUGAAUUAGAAGAAUUACACAAAAGAGUGAAGCAAGCAAUUGUGAAAAAGGAAGAAAUAGUCAGUCAGUUGAAAGUUGAGUAUCAGGCUGCAGUGAAACGAGCUGACCAUCUGGAAGGACUCUUAGAACAACAGCGAAAACAGCUGCUUGGCAAGUGA